GAGAGAUGGAAACAAUACCACAGUCUUUGGAAAUGAUAAGAGGUUCCCAAUCUGGAAACAGAGUUACAUGUAAUACUCACUCGCCCUAUUACUCAGACACAAUACUACGAGUCAGCCCCGUUCCCAGCAGUAGUCAUAUAAGAAAACACCACCAGUAAUACCCAAAGCAAUAUUACACAAACAACUCUCUCCCUGCCGCAAACCCCAGCACAUAAGAAAGAAAGAAAAAACAUCAAACUCGUAAACCAAGACACCAAUGCUACGCUCCAAUCUCCGCAAUUACGCCUCAAUCCUGUACGACCGAAGCUCGGGAACAUGCCCAUCCGCGCACCAACCUCUUUCUCGUCCCCAGUCUCCGCAAUCUCGGUGUGAUGGAAAACCCUAGCCACUACAUAAAUCUAGAUUCGCCUCUCUAUUUUGACAUCACCAAAAGGCGCCCCCCUAAUCACUGGAUCAAGUCUAGGCUUUUGACGCAAGGGAAGCUCCUUGCUCAAGACAACUCAUGCAUCAGUAGUGAGAAUCCAGUCCCAAGUACAUAUACUUGCACAGCAAUGGGUAGAAUACUUGCCGGGAUCACUGCAAAGCUAGAAAACAAAUAGUGCCUGGGCUACAACGCCAUCCUGUAGGGGGGCACAAAAGCCUCUGCGCAUGUAAACAUUUCUCCCCUGUCAGCUUGCCGCUAAGAACAACCACAGCCUGGUUUUUUCUCGAAACUGCAUGUCCCUCAGGCAACUAACACGCUGCUUACACCGAAC